UAUGCUCCGUGGAGAUUUUUUUUGCUUAAGUCCCUUCUCCAAGCAGAAGCAGGCUGACUAUUUAACGCAGUUCCCUCAGUGCAGCGUCUUGUGGAGUUGAAAAUGACACAAUAAGGAUCCGACUGUUCCCAGACCUCCUCCCUCCCCUUCUUAGCUCCAGCACAGAUUUAGCCAGAAAGCUGCUUUUUGCAGACAGAACCGACUGCAGCUGGUCUGCUCUGAAUGUAGCAGUACUGGCCUCUUUAUAUAACUUCUUUGCUUUAGGGUGGGGGAUAGCUCUGGUAGAAACAUGGAAGGACGGGUGGAAACGGAGUGGUGGCUUGUGUAGCUUGUCAUCCGCUUCAGCAGAGACAUUUGCAGCAGUAGCAGCGAGUAAUUAAGUCAGACUGCACCAUUUUCUUCUCACCCUGUAAGAGGGUGAUGGUGGCAGCAGCGGCAGGGAGCUGUCCACCCCCAUCUACCCACGGACCCACCCACUUCCAGCGGAUGUACAGAGGUGGGUUUAUCUUGGCUUUCCUCUGAGAGGCAUUGUCCAUCUGGAGGAAUCCCAAUAGAUCUUUUCAAUGUGAAGAAACUCUUCUAUAUUGGAUGGAUUUUUGUUUUGAUCUGUCAGAGAAAUUUCCAGAUGCUUCAUGCUUGCUGCAGGGAAUUCUUCCUCUGCCACUGUGUGCGUAUUCUGUGUUCAUGCAAGGAGAUCACAAGAGACUCUUAAUUCAGGGUAUCAUGCUGAAUUAUGGAUGCUGCAGAGGCUAGAGCACAGCUGUGACCUAUCACAGACAGCUUGAGGAGGAGGAGGAGAGGAGAGGGUUGCCCAGUGCAUAGCUGGCUCCCAGCAUUACCUCGGCAGUGUCCUUGUAAGAUAAACAAACCUUGGAUACCUGGAUACAGGAACGGAGACCUCCAAGCUGAUAUCCCUUUUCCAAAAUGGCUCAUGCCGCUGCUUCUAUCAAAAAAGUUCGGGAGGCAGAAUUUGAUGAAAAGGAGAAGGAGAAAGAAAAGGAGAGGAAAAGGCAGAGGAGAAUAUCUAGAGAAAAUCGGAAGCGCAAGUCGGAUAGCAAUGCAAGCUUCCUUCGAGCUGCCAGAGCUGGCAAUCUGGACAAAGUAGUGGAAUAUCUAAAAGGAGGAAUAGACAUCAGUACAUGCAACCAGAAUGGACUUAAUGCCUUACAUCUGGCUGCCAAAGAAGGCCAUGUAGGUUUGGUUCAGGAAUUGCUGGAAAGAGGAUCUGCAGUUGAUUCUGCAACCAAGAAGGGAAAUACUGCACUACACAUUGCCUCCUUGGCGGGACAAGCUGAAGUGGUCAAAGUUCUAGUUAAGGAAGGAGCUAAUAUUAAUGCACAGUCUCAGAAUGGCUUCACACCUCUCUACAUGGCAGCACAGGAGAACCAUAUCGAUGUAGUAAAAUAUCUUUUGGAAAAUGGAGCCAAUCAGAGCACUGCUACUGAGGAUGGGUUCACUCCACUAGCAGUUGCAUUGCAGCAAGGACACAAUCAGGCAGUGGCUAUUCUUUUGGAGAAUGACACUAAGGGGAAAGUGCGACUGCCGGCACUGCAUAUUGCUGCCAGAAAAGAUGACACAAAAUCAGCAGCACUUCUUCUCCAGAAUGAUCAUAAUGCUGAUGUUCAGUCUAAGAUGAUGGUGAAUAGAACAACUGAGAGUGGCUUCACACCUUUGCACAUAGCGGCACAUUAUGGAAAUGUUAAUGUAGCAACACUUCUACUCAACCGAGGAGCUGUUGUAGACUUCACAGCAAGGAAUGGGAUCACCCCACUGCAUGUGGCUUCCAAAAGGGGGAACACUAACAUGGUGAAGCUCUUGUUGGAUCGUGGAGGGCAGAUCGAUGCCAAAACCAGGGAUGGGCUGACUCCACUGCACUGUGCUGCACGAAGUGGACAUGACCAAGUUGUAGAGCUUCUCCUGGAACGAGGUGCCCCACUGCUUGCCAGGACCAAGAAUGGACUGUCUCCACUUCAUAUGGCUGCCCAGGGUGACCACGUGGAGUGUGUCAAACACCUACUGCAGCACAAAGCUCCUGUUGAUGAUGUUACAUUGGAUUACCUGACUGCCCUCCAUGUUGCUGCACACUGUGGUCACUAUCGUGUCACCAAGCUUCUGUUGGAUAAGAGAGCAAAUCCAAAUGCCCGUGCUUUGAAUGGUUUUACUCCACUGCACAUUGCUUGCAAGAAAAAUCGCAUUAAAGUAAUGGAACUGCUGGUGAAAUAUGGGGCUUCAAUCCAAGCUAUAACAGAGUCGGGCCUGACGCCAAUUCAUGUGGCUGCAUUUAUGGGGCAUUUGAACAUAGUUCUCCUUCUACUGCAAAAUGGGGCUUCUCCAGAUGUCACUAACAUUCGUGGGGAAACUGCUUUACAUAUGGCGGCUCGUGCAGGACAAGUAGAAGUGGUGCGCUGUCUCCUGAGGAAUGGUGCUUUGGUUGAUGCACGAGCCAGGGAGGAACAGACACCACUGCAUAUUGCUUCUCGCUUGGGUAAAACAGAAAUUGUGCAGCUACUUCUGCAACACAUGGCACACCCAGAUGCUGCAACAACUAAUGGGUAUACACCACUACACAUCUCUGCCCGAGAAGGCCAAGUUGAUGUAGCAUCAGUUCUACUGGAGGCAGGUGCAGCACAUUCUUUGGCUACCAAGAAGGGAUUCACACCACUACAUGUGGCAGCAAAGUAUGGAAGCCUUGAUGUGGCAAAGCUCCUCUUGCAGCGUCGUGCACCUGCUGAUUCAUCUGGGAAGAAUGGUCUCACUCCCCUCCAUGUUGCUGCUCACUAUGACAAUCAGAAAGUGGCACUACUAUUAUUGGAGAAAGGGUCUUCUCCUCAUGCUACUGCCAAGAAUGGGUAUACUCCUCUACACAUUGCUGCUAAGAAGAAUCAGAUGCAGAUAGCCACAACCCUGCUGAAUUAUGGAGCAGAGACCAACAUUUUGACCAAACAAGGAGUGACUCCACUUCACUUGGCCUCUCAAGAAGGACAUUCUGACAUGGUGAACUUACUUCUGGAGAAGGGAGCCAAUAUUCAUGUGGCCACAAAGAGUGGACUGACAUCUUUACAUUUAGCAGCUCAAGAAGAUAAAGUAAAUGUAGCUGAUAUACUGAUAAAGCAUGGAGCAAACAAAGAUGCUCAGACUAAGCUGGGUUACACUCCACUAAUUGUGGCUUGUCACUAUGGAAACAUCAAGAUGGUGAACUUCCUUCUGAAGCAAGGAGCUAAUGUCAAUGCUAAGACAAAGAAUGGAUACACUCCUCUGCACCAAGCUGCUCAGCAAGGUCACACUCACAUCAUCAAUGUUCUUCUUCAACAUGGCGCCAAACCAAAUGCAAUCACUGCGAAUGGCAACACUGCCUUAGCGAUUGCUAAGCGUCUGGGAUACAUCUCAGUGGUAGAUACAUUAAAGGUUGUAACAGAGGAAGUAAUCACGACUACAACUACUGUCACCGAAAAGCACAAGCUCAACGUACCUGAGACUAUGACUGAAAUUUUGGAUGUUUCUGAUGAGGAAGGUGAUGACACAAUGACAGGAGAUGGGGGAGAAUAUCUGAGACCUGAAGAUCUGAAGGAACUAGGCGAUGAUUCCUUACCUAGUAGUCAGUUCUUAGAUGGCAUGAACUACCUGAGAUAUAGCCUGGAAGGAGGCCACUCUGACAGCCUGCGAUCCUUCAGUUCAGACAGGUCCCGUACACUGAGCCAUACCUCGUACUUGAGGGACAGCACUAUGAUCGAUGACACUGUCAUUAUUCCAAGUCACCAGAUAGCUGCAUUAACUAAAGAAGGUGAAAGAAAUUCAUAUCGUUUAAGUUGGAGUCCUGAUAAUCUGGACAACAUAACUCUCUCUGCCAGCCCUAUUCAUUCUGGCUGCCUGUCUUCCAAAAAGGAUAUUGGAUCAUUGCUAACAAGCCACUCCUCUCCAUAUUUUGACCAUGAAAACAGCAGUUUUCUGGUCAGUUUUAUGGUUGAUGCUCGAGGUGGUGCUAUGCGGGGUUGCAGACACAAUGGGCUUCGAAUCAUUAUUCCACCUCGGAAAUGCACUGCUCCAACUCGAGUUACUUGCCGGUUGGUCAAACGCCAUAGACUCGCCACAAUGCCUCCCAUGGUGGAAGGAGAUGGUCUUGCCAGUCGCCUUAUCGAGGUUGGGCCUUCUGGUGCUCAGUUUCUUGGUAAACUUCACCUGCCUACGGCUCCUCCCCCACUUAAUGAGGGAGAAAGUUUGGUCAGCCGAAUCCUACAGCUGGGGCCUCCAGGGACCAAAUUUCUUGGGCCUGUGAUUGUUGAAAUCCCUCACUUUGCGGCAUUACGUGGUAAAGAAAGAGAGCUGGUGAUUUUGCGCAGUGAGAAUGGGGACAACUGGAAAGAACAUUUCUGUGAAUUUACGGAAGAUGAGUUGAAUGAAAUACUAAAUGGAAUGGAUGAAGUGCUUGACACCCCAGAAGAGCUAGAGAAGAAGCGUAUUUGCCGUAUUAUCACCCGAGACUUCCCACAGUACUUUGCAGUGGUAUCUCGGAUUAAACAAGACAGUAAUCUCAUUGGACCUGAGGGUGGUGUACUAAGCAGUACUGUAGUACCACAAGUGCAAGCAGUCUUUCCAGAGGGAGCAUUAACUAAGAGAAUUCGUGUUGGCCUUCAGGCCCAACCUAUGCACAGUGAACUUAUAAAGAAAAUUUUAGGCAACAAAGCCACAUUCAGUCCUAUUGUCACACUGGAACCUAGGCGAAGAAAAUUCCAUAAGCCAAUAACUAUGACCAUUCCUGUUCCCAAAGCUUCCAGUGAUAUGAUGAUAAAUGGUUAUGGAGGUGAGACUCCUACUCUAAGACUACUAUGCAGUAUAACAGGUGGAACAACACCUGCUCAGUGGGAAGACAUAACAGGAACAACGCCAUUAACAUACGUAAAUGAAUGUGUUUCCUUCACCACAAACGUAUCUGCCAGAUUUUGGUUGAUAGAUUGUCGACAGAUACAAGAAUCUGUAGCAUUUGCUUCCCAAGUCUAUAGAGAAAUUAUAUGUGUACCUUACAUGGCCAAAUUUGUGGUGUUUGCCAAAUCUCAUGAUCCCAUAGAAGCCCGACUAAGAUGUUUCUGCAUGACCGAUGAUAAAGUGGAUAAAACACUAGAACAACAAGAAAACUUUGCUGAAGUUGCUCGAAGUAGGGAUGUAGAGGUAUUAGAAGGAAAACCUAUAUUUGUGGACUGCUUUGGGAAUUUAGUACCAUUAAUAAAGAGUGGCCAACAUCAUAUAUUCAGUUUUUAUGCCUUCAAAGAAAACAGACUUCCAUUGUUUGUCAAGGUUCGGGAUACAACACAAGAAUCUUGUGGACGUCUAUCAUUUAUGAAAGAGCCUAAAUCUUCAAGAGGUCUGGUACAUCAAGCUAUCUGCAAUCUGAAUAUCACAUUACCAAUAUACACAAAGGAAUCAGAAUCAGAUCAAGAACAGGAAGAAGAGACUGAUAUGACAUCAGAAAAACAUGAUGACGAAACAGAAUCUACAGAAACAUCUGUCCUGAAAAGCCAUCUUGUCAAUGAUGUUCCUGUCCUAGCAAGUCCAGAUUUGCUGUCUGAAGUCUCUGAGAUGAAACAAGAUUUGAUAAAAAUGACUGCAAUUUUGACAACAGACUCUUCUGAAAAAACAGAUUCUAUUAAGGUGAAAGAUCUUACAAAAGCUGCAGAUGAAGAGCCUGGAGAACCAUUUGAAAUUGUGGAAAGAGUUAAAGAAGACUUGGAAAAAGUGAAUGAAAUUCUAAGAAGUGGGAGCUGCCCCAAAGAAAAGCCAGCUAUGCAGAGAUCUGCUUCGGAAAAAAAGUUGGUGGAAGAAGAUUGGGUUCUUCUAAGUGAUGAAGAAAUUGAAGAGGCCAAGCAAAAUGUUCCUUUGGAAGUUUGUGAGCCUAUUUGUGUAGAAAAUAGACUAGGCAAAGGAAAAUCAAAGAAAGAAACAAAAGAUAUGACAGGAAUGAUUGAUUAUCUCAGCGAAGAUCUAAAAGUUUAUGUGUCUUUGAAUGAAGUGCAACCGAAGACAUUUCAAGAAGACAUAGUAGAAGAAAGAUUUGAAGCUGUUGUUGUAAGCAGAGGUUCUGAAGCAGAUAAAAAAGACAAAAAGAAGCAAGAUCAAUGCAAACCUACCCUGGAAAUUAAAAAACCUGUUAGAAAGAAAUUAAAAGAUAAAUUAAAUCUAAAGGUUGAAGAAACCCAAGGAAAGGAUAAGCCUUUAGGGCUAGACAGAGUCAGUUCAGAGGAAUCUUUAGAUGAAGAACAACUAUUAACUAUUGCAGAGCCUAUGAAAGAUACUGCUGUGUCUCCAGUUAUAGAAGAAACCCCUAUUGGAUCAAUUAAAGAUAAAGUGAAAGCUCUUCAGAAGCGAGUAGAAGAUGAACAGAAAGGCCGUUCAAAGUUGCCAGUUCGACUUCAAGGAAAAGAGGGAGCUGAGAAGCCUGUUACAAAGCCAUCACAGACUAAAAAGAUCAUUUGUAAAACAAAACCUCCAGGUUCUCCCUCUUCCACAAAGACUUCAGCUUCUCCACCAGCCACAAAGAUUCCACCUUCUCCAAAAACUUCUGCUGCUUCUUCCUCCCCUUCUAAACUGUCAUCUCCUUCUACUAAGAAGCCAGCUGUUUCUCCUACCACAAAAAAACCAACUCUUUCUCCCACGUCAAGGAAGUCACCAGUUUCUCCCACAGUUAAAAAGCCAUCAGUUUCUCCCACAGCUAAAAAGCCUCCUGUUUCUCCUACAUCCAAGAAGCCUUCUGUGUCACCAUCUUCUAAAACAGAAAGAAUUGAAGAAACUAUGUCUGUUCGUGAACUAAUGAAAGCUUUCCAAUCAGGUCAAGACCCAUCAAAGCAUAAAGCUGGACUUUUUGAGCAUAAGUCUGCAAAGCAGAAACAACAGGAUGCUGACAAAGGGACAACUAAAAAAGGAGCUAGUCAAGCAGAAAGUGAAAAGAAGCUAGCAUUAACCUCUAGAGACACACAUAAAAAAGACAGUCCUAAAAGCAAAAAGAACCAGGAACCUCAGACAGAGGUAGGUUUGCAAUCUAAAAAAAUCAUGCAGAGUAUACCUCAUAUAACCCUGAAGAAAGAUUUAAUCACAAAAUCACAGAGUGACAGAAAAAAAGAACCUCCUGUCAUUGUUGAAGAAAAAUCCAAAGAUGUAGCCCUGACAUUUGAUGACCAAGGAGAUACUGAACUUCAGAUUAGUCCAAAUAGAAAGACAUCAACUGAUUUUUCUGAUGUCAUAAAAGAAGAGCUGGAAGAUAAUGAUAAAUACCAACAGUUGCGGCAUAUUUCAAUUACAGAGGAAGGUGAGCUUCACUUAGAUCAAGUUCUGACCAGUCCAUUCAAUGUUACAUUUCCAUCAGAAUAUGUGAAAGAUGGGUUUUUGCCCACACUCUCCUUGCAAAGUGGUGCUUUGGAUGGCAGCUCAGAAAGUCUUAAGCAUGAAGGCAUAGCAGACUCUCCAAUUGGUAGCCUGCUUGAUGGAACUCCCCAGAACAGCUCUGAGGAAAGUUAUAAGCAUGAGGGCUUGGCAGAAACUCCAGAAACAAGCCCCGAGAGCCUUCCAUUUUCAUCUAAGAAAACAGAAACUGCUGACCAGACGGAAGAAACUAUAUUAGCCAGUGCAGAGCAGAGGACAUCAGAAAUGCAUUCACAAAGGGGGCUUUCUCCAACAGAAAAGGAAAUUACUAUUUGUGACAAAGACCUAAAAGAAACCACAGAAUCCCAUUCCCAUCAUAUUUCAGAAGAACACUCCAAAGACCUAGAUUCUAGCUCAACUCUGAUUGAUAAAGAUGCUCUCCAUGAUAAAUCAUCAGUGCUGGCAGAUCAAAGACAUUUAACUAAAUUAACUGAAUCAACUGAUUCUUUUAUUGAAAAAGAUGAGGACACAUCCUUUGAGCCAUAUACCAUUAGCAGAGGACUAGAGCUUUCAUUUCCUAGCCAGGAGGGAGAAGGUCUUAGCCCAGCUGCAGAUGAAUCCAUAGCUAUAAGUCAUAAAGAUUCAUUGGAAGCAAGCCCAGUGUUGGAAGAUAAUUCUUCACGUAAAACACCUGAUUCCCUUGAGCCUAGUCCAACCAAAGAAUCCCCCUGUCGUGAUUCUCUGGAAAGUAGCCCUGUAGAACAGAAAUCAAAGGCUGGCUUCUUUCCAGGUCCUGGUCCAAUUCAGGCUAUCCCUGCUAAAGCUGAAAACUUCCCAGAACUAGCACCUGUACGAUCUAGACUCUUACGUGACCCUGAUGGAAGCGCCGAAGAUGACAGUUUAGAACAAACAUCUCUUUUGGAGAGCUCAGGAAAAAGUCCUCUUUCACCUGAGACUCCUAGCUCUGAAGAAAUUAGUUAUGAAAUCACACCAAAAAUAACUGAAUCACAGAUUCUUGCAAAUAUACCCAAGUCCGCAGUAAUUCCCGAGGUUAAUGAAGAGCCAGAAGAUGAUUCAGAAGAUGAACCAAAGAGAAGAUACACUCCAGAAGAAGAGAUGUUUAAAAUGGUGGCCAAAAUUAAGAUGUUUGAUGAGAUGGAACAGGAAGAAAAACAGAAGAGGGACUAUAGAAAGGAUUUCAAACAAGAUGAUAUUAUUUCAGCUUCUGAUUUAGAAGGUGCUUCUGAAACUAAAAGGCUGCCUUCAACAACUCUAGAAGAUAAUGCUUUAUCUACAAUAGUGACUUCUGGAGUUGUAUCUAGAAAGAGCUCUUCAUCCUCAGAAAGUGAGCCAGAAUUAACAAAGCUGAAAAAAGAAGCUGAUUCUGGGCUGUUAAUGGAACCUACAAUGAGACUGCAACCUUCUUCACCUCAUCUUUCCAAUAUGGAUUCCAGUUCCAGUCCUGAAGAGACAGGAUUUCAGCCUAUUGAGUCUAAGCAGCAAGCAUUCAGUACUGAGGAGGAUAACACAGAAUCUGAUAAACCAACUGAGGAAACCAAAAUGUCGUGUGAUACUUCACUUGCUUCUGAUGCCAGCAUCAUCGCACAGGCUAGCGAAUCAAAGUGCUAUAGUACAGAUGAGAGUGACACAGUUAGCCCUAAUGGCCCUAAGAUGCCACCUGAGGAAUCUUUCUACCAUUCUGCUGAUGAUGAUGCUCAAAAAAUAACUGAGUUAUAUGAAACUUCAGUGGCAUCAUACCAGCAGGAUGAUUCUUUAAAAGAUAGUGUAGCAUCUGAAGGAGUAAUACCAAAUGACUUAGUUAGCAUGGGAGGAACUUCAGAGGGCUCCUGUACAUCUGGCACUUCUCAUUGCUGUGUUUCACAAAAUGAUGUAUUGGCUACUAAUGUUUCACCUGACCACUCCCCUUUGGGAAGUGAUAUGGCUGGAACAGAUCACAGGUUAGAGAUGACAGACAGGGCUUUUCCUAGCAUAGAGCACACCACAAAAUAUUCAUCUCCAACAACCCCAAAAAGUAAAUAUGAAAGUGAUAUAGAAGAAUUUGGCAAAAGCAGUGCUUUGCCUAUAACAAGCCCUUAUGAAAAUGUCCCUUCACAACAUUUUUUUACUAAUGAUGAAAUUAGUAGAGAAAUUAAUUUAAAAACAAAAAUAGACCAGUCAUCUGAGGAAGAUUAUUCUGAUAAAGAAAAAACUAAAAUGGCUGAAGGUACAAGCAUGAAUUCUUUUUAUAGAACACUAUCAGAAGGUUCUGAAGUUCAGGUCCCAGAAGGUGUUUGUAUAGAGAUAGAAUCCAAGCAAAUGGACAACUUUCAGAAAAGACCAUCUUCAACAUCAGUCUCUACAUCACUUGAUGAAGCUGCUCUACAAGGUAUCAGGCAUGAAGCUGAAGAAAUGAUUAGCCAAGUAAUUAUAACUAGGACAGAUGUGGAUUCUGACAAGUGGAGUCAAAUUCGUGAAGAUGAUGAUGCUUUUGAGGCUAGAGUGAAGGAGGAAGAACAAAAAAUAUUUGGCUUAAUGGUAGACAGGAGAUCACAAGGCACCACACCUGAUACAACACCAGCCAGAACACCUACUGAAGAUGGGACUCCUUCCAGUGAACCAAAUCCCUUUCUUUUCCAGGAAGGAAAAUUGUUUGAAAUGACAAGGAGUGGUGCCAUUGAUAUGACGAAAAGGAAUUAUUCUGAUGAAAGCUUAGACUUUUUCCAGAUGGGGGAGCCAUCUCAGGAAGAAGUGUCAUUAUCUGAAGAAAUGAGAGAAGCUGAAGGCCUAGAAUGUCCCCCUGAGGAACAAUCUUUCAUUUCAGUUGCACCUUCUGAAUUUAAUAAAGCAGAAACAGCUGUGAAAAGUCCCCUUAUAUCUGUAUCAGAGGAUGAAACCGCUGCUUUAUGUAGCACAAAAGAAGAUGUUAAAUCUCGAAUUCCUAUUAAAAUGGGUAUUUCAGCCUCUUCAAAAUCACCAAAGAAAGAAAUAACAGCAGCUGAUCAUGACCUUCCCUCUAGUGAUACAUUUGAUAGCUCCCAGAUGCCUUGUCCUAUCUCUCCUGAUCAGACAGUGAUUGAUGUACAGUUAAAUUUUUCCACAGUCACUAGGUCUGUUUGUGCUGAAAAAGAAGAUGAUUCCCCAGAUUCCUCCCCAGAGGAGCAGAAAUCUGUGAUUGAAAUCCCCACAGCUGCCAUGGAGAGUGUGCCUUGUAGUGAAAGCAAAUCCAAAAUCCCCAUUAGGGCUACUCCAUCUACAUUCCCAUCAUCAGAUAAGUCAGAAGCUGAGAGCCUUCCUUCUGUUGGCUUCAUAGACAGCCUGGAAGAACCACAGGAUGAUGCUUCCAAACCAAAAUCUAAAAUUCCAGUUAAGGCAAUUUUUCAAAGAGGUGAGCAAGAAUCUUUAGAGACAGAAACACCUGCCUGGCAGUCAGAAUCAGCUAAAGUCCCUGAUGUAACCUGCAAAGUACCUAUGAAACAAGACAUUAGGAGCAAAUCUGAAUCUGAUGCCAGUGCCUCCAUGGACUCAAAAGCUAAGCAUUCAGUCAAAGCUAGAAGUUGCACUGAGUCAGAAGCAGAGACCAGAGAGAGGGUGGGUGAGAUGAAGCUUGAACUAGAAUCAGAUGAGCUGAUGACUGCCCGACCAAAGAUAUUUUCUUCACGAUUACCUGUUAAGAGCAGAAGUGCCUCAACUUCCCGAAAUGCUGUUAGUCCCUCAAAAGAAAGUAAGGAACAUUUUUUUGACCUUUACAAAAAUUCUAUAGAAUUCUUUGAGGAGAUUAGCGAUGAAGCUUCCAAGUUAGUGGAUAGACUUACACAGUCAGAGAGAGAACAAGAAUUAGUUUCAGAUGAUGAAAGUAGUAGUGCCCUAGAAGUUUCGGUUAUUGAAAAUGUGCCAUCCAUUGAGACCCAACAGUCACUUGCCGAGGACAUCUUUGACACCAGGCCCAUUUGGGAUGAGUCCAUUGAGACUCUGAUUGAACGUAUUCCUGAUGAAAAUGUCCCUGACCAUGUUGAAGAACAACAAGAUGAUCAGAAAAGACUAGAAGAAAGACUAGCACAUAUUGCUGAUCAUCUUGGAUUCAGCUGGACAGAGCUAGCAAGAGAACUGGAUUUCACUGAAGAACAAAUUCAUCAAAUUCGGAUCGAGAAUCCUAAUUCCCUUCAGGAUCAGAGUCAUGCAUUACUGAAAUAUUGGCUGGAAAGAGAUGGGAAGCAUGCCACUGAUUCAGGUCUCACAGAGUGUCUUAAAAAAAUUAACCGAAUGGAUAUUGUUCACCUAAUGGAAAGUAGUAUGGAAAAGUCCAGAGAUCAUAGUCGCACCUAUGCAGAGAUUGAACAGACAAUGGUACUGGAUCACAGUGAAGGGUUCUCUGCACUUCAUGAAGAUCUAUGCAGCACAAAAGAUAAAAAAGAGGAAGAAUAUUCCUUUUCUAAAGACAGUGAGCAAUCAGAUCAUCCUCCUCUUGUUUCAGAAGAAGACCUUUCUCUCAGUUGCUCACCCUUGCAUGAAGGCACAUCGAAGGCUGAGACUGAACUAUCUGUGGUAGAACUACUACACCAAAUACAGAAAGAUCAUGUGAAAGCUGAAUUCUCAGGAAAGCCUCAUGAGCUGACAGAAGGUUCACCUACUACACAGGAGUAUGUUAUCACAACUUCUGGAGCAGAUUUGACACAAGUGCCCCAAAGUGUAAAAACAGUCAGCAUUGCCAGUGACAAGUCUGGGGAUUCCACCACAGGAUGUGAAGAUCUUGAAAGGCCACCAUUGCAUACUCCAACAUCUAGUGAUCGAACUGAUUCUCCCAUUGUGGAAGAACCUGAAGACCAUCACUUUCAACAAGAAGAUAUGCAUCCAAGGAAAAACAGCCUGGUGAUUGUGGAAUCCACUGAUGAACCGCCUGAAGAAUUAGAAAGACACGAAGAAGAAUUGUUAGAAAAAGAGCUAGCAGAGGAAUUAGGUGAGCUGGAGGUCAGCUCAGAUGAGGAAGAGAUGGUAACUACCAGGGUCGUUCGCCGCCGGGUAAUUAUUCAGGCUGAUGAUGUGCCUGAAAUACCCCCGGAAGCUGUAACGGAGGAACAGUAUGUGGAUGAACAUGGCCAUAUUGUGGUGAAGAAGGUCACUAGGAAAAUCAUCAGGCGAUUCGUUUUACCAGAUGGAACAGAAAAAGAAGAAGUUGUGAUGCAGGGAGAACCCCAAGAUCCUGUUACAGUGGAAGAGGGAGACAGUUACUCCAAAGUCAUAAAGCGGGUGGUGUUGAAAAGUGAAAGUGAACAAUCAGAGGUGACCUUUUCUGAGCCAAGUGUAUUACCAAGUGCCUCAGAAUUCCAGGCUGAACCAGUAGAAGGCCGCAAGGUCAGCAAAGUUAUAAAAACUACCUUAGUACAUGGGGAGAGAAUGGAAAAACAUCAUGGAGAUUCUAGUUUAGCAGUGAAUCUUCCAUCAGCCAAAGAUGACUUCGAAGAGGCCCUGAAUUACAUAGGUAACAAAGUGAAAAUGGAAGUUCCCCCAUUAGUAGAGAAAGAGGUCAUGAAAGAGGAUGGGUCGCUUAUUAAAAGGACAACGAUGAGUAAAGCUUGUACACAGAAGAGGACUGUGGUUAAGGACCAGUAUGGAAACCGGAUUCAUGUGGAGCUGCUGGAGGACACACCAGACGCGCUACCCCGGGAUGAUCUUCAGCAUGACCUUCAACAAUUAUUAAGGCAUUUCUGCAAAGAUGAGCAGAAGAAAGAGGCCAAAUGAGAUGCUGCUAAAUCUCACCCUUAGACCAUCACACAUAUCCAUUAACUGUCCAGCUUUAUCCAACUUUCUUUUAUCAUAGGUGUUAUUAUUUAACAUAAUCGUCAGGGAACACUGCUGUUUCUACUUUGAGCAUAUAGAGCAGGUUUUCCAUUUCAUUUUCUUUGUUUCUAAAUAUCUGUAAGCUAAUUUGUGACCAAAGAUCACAUCCUUCAUUCUGGAUGGUUUUAUCUACUAAGUCAUAGACUUUGUGCCCUCUCCUGACUAUCUUGUCACCCUUGGCAUUUUUAUUGUUCUUUAUUUUUGCACCAGAUCCAUAAACGCAUAAGUUUCUUCCACAGGCCUCUUGAAAUGACAGUGUACAUGUGUUUUUUAAAGGAUAUUAUUAACUUCAAACUGUAAAUAGAGAAAAUAUGUGGAUUCACAAGACGGAAAGAAAGAAGGACUGCCUAUUGUGACUACUUUUAGCAUCAGGACUAUAAGGUUUGUUGAAGAAUAAUUCAUGUAAUAUUGCUAACACAAUCCAUUACAACUAGGACACGGAUCUAUCAAGAACGAAGCAAAUCAAUCCUUCUGUGUUCAUAGGACUUCCAGUGUAAUAAAUUACUUGACUAAAAAGAGUCAGAACAAAGCCUCAAAUUUCAGCUGUUUCCCUUACAAGACAGUUGAUUGCAGCCAUUACUGCUUCUUUGCUUCCUGGGAAAGCCACCUCAAGAUUUCCUGAAGAAAAAAUAUACCCAGUUAGAUAUAAUGUGCUAGCAGCUGUAUCUGUGGCACUUUUGCAUACUGUAUUUAAAUCUUUUAGAUCAGGGACAUGAAAUGGGUGCAUUCAAUAGUUCUGAUUUCUAUACUAUUUUGAUCACUCCUUUAACAAACCACGCUGACUUUGAUGGGGUUGUCUCUGCUGGCCACUGCACUAUAGACAUUAUAGAAGGAGGAAAAGAAACCAUUCCCUUUCAGGAAAAAAAAAAUGAUUUCUCACAUUCUGUCAAGAUUGUCUCUUAAAUCUGGCACAUGCAUGUGGCAUUGGAAUAUAAAAAUAUGACCUGUCUAUAAUCAUGCCAAUUGCUUCUCACCCUUCCUAGCACUGAGCGAGCAGACAUUAUUACCAUUGUGUUUGAAGGUUUUCUCCGGAGUUUUAUUUAUAAGGAGACAGGAAUCCACUACGCAUUUGUUUGGUUUAUUUUUUUUUCCUCUCUUGCUAUUUUAUUUAUAGUCCUUAACCACCUUUCAAGCAUUAUUCAUGUAAAUGUCUGCACUUUGAUUUUCCAAGAAGGCAUAUAUGACCCUGGAAUUAUUUUGUGAUCUGUACCUAAUUCUAAUAGUGGUCUGAAGCUCUGUAGCAUUUUAACAUAUAUAUGUAAUUAGAUAUAUAUAUAUAAUAUAUAUAUAUAUAUUAUAUGAAAUGAUAUACAUUUUGAGUCAGUUAUUUGAUAAACACAAAGCAUAUUCAGCAAUGAUGAGUCAGGUCCUCUAGGGCUGAAUAUUUUUCAAAACCCUGCUAGCCUUUGUUUCUUUAAACAAAACCCGACUCACUCAGUGCUCAGAAUGCUGAAAAUAAAUGUUACAAGUGGCACCUCCUCAUUAAGCAACAAUGCCAAGAGAAAAGAAACAUUUGAGGAGGUUUUGGUUUCCUGCUUAAAAAAAAAAACUCGUACUCAGUGCCAUGCAAAUUCGUUUGGUUGGCAAAGCAGGACACACACACUUAAUGACUGCCAAAAUGAAAGGAGACCGAAUUGCAGGACACACAAUAGCUCAUUUCUCAUUGUCAAGAACAUCACUGUUUAACCUUCAAGACUGGGGCUCUACAAGAAAUGCAUUUCUGUUGUGUUAUUUGCGGUGCAGAUGAUGUUCUGUGUAACAGCAUAAUGGCUAUUCUCCUUUUUUCAGUUUUGAAUUUUUGCUGUGUUAUCAGAGAACUUGAAUACUGUGAGAAGGUGAUUUUAAGUUGAUAAAUCGGCAUCUUGUUCCCAUGGUGAUAACACUUAACUGAAUAUAUCUAUGAGGGCAUGUAUUAAAGAUGUAAAACAAACAAACAAACAGCACUAACAAUACAUAGCUGCAAUGUGUACAAUGGCUGAUUUAAUUAAAUAAAAAUGUAAAAGUGUUAAAUGUA